UGGGAUCCGGCAACGUUUCUUUGCUAAGAUGGGCAUUUUACAAACUGUAUCUGAAGACAAGACUCUUCUUGCUGCUACAGUAUGCUUCGGCGUAGUUGGAGCAUUUUUUACAGCAGUAAAGGCAUUUUCAUUCUUUAAAAUGAUUUUGGAUGUCUUGGUCGUGCCCGGUAUCAGCCUCUCUAAGUUUGGAGCUGGAAAAGGCUCAUGGGCAGUUAUCACUGGAGCCUCUGACGGUAUUGGCAAAGAAUUUGCAUCGCAACUCGCCAAGAAAAAGUUCAAUCUUCUUCUCGUAUCUCGCACUGAAUCCAAGUUGCAAGCGCUUGCUAAGGAACUUGAACAAGCACAUGGCGUCCAAACUAAGACUUAUGCUAUGGACUUUACCAGAGGCAACGAAAGCGAUUAUUCCAACCUGGGACAAAUUAUCAACACCAUUGAAGUCGGCGUCCUCGUUAAUAACGUUGGCACCAAUCACGAUAUCCCAACACCAUUUGAUGAAGAAAGCAACGAGACAAUCGCUAACAUCGUUGAAGUCAAUAUCAAUGGAACUUUGAAGGUCAGCAAGCUUGUUAUACCACAAAUGAAAGCUAGACGUUCAGGAUUAAUUUUGAAUCUUGGAUCAUUUUCUGGUCUUGUUGCCACUCCUUAUCUCUCUGUUUACUCCGCCGGUAAGGCUUUCCUUUCCACUUGGUCUCAAGCGCUAGGUACUGAACUCGCUGGUGACGGAAUUGUGGUUGAACACAUCAACACCUACUUUGUGGUUUCUGCUAUGAGCAAAAUCAGAAGACCCACCUUCAUGAUCCCCAUGCCCAAACCUUAUGUUGCCAGUGUUCUCGCCAAGAUUGGUGUUGCUGGUGGUUCCAGCGUUCCUUUCAGCUCCACUCCCUAUCUUGGUCAUGCACUUUUUGCUUGGGUUAUCGAGAACUUGGCCACCACUGGCUUUGUUGUCAAGCAAAAUUAUGCCAUGCAAAAGGACAUUCGCAGACGUGCCUUGCGAAAGCGCGAGAGAGAGGCUCAGCAAGGAAAGAAGACGGAAUGAUAGAUUUUCCCCCCAACACACAUAAGUUGUUUGUUAGACUUCCAUUUAAUCAAAAUAUCUAACAAUGUUUUGGCGCAUAAAAUUGAAAAUGGUAUGAAUAUAAAAUGAUGAAGCAUAGAAGAGUCAUAAGAAUAGCUGUGUAAACCAGUGAUC